AUGUUAGAUCCUUCAACAAGAUUAAGAAAUGCAAUAAUAGAAGGUAAUUUACCAAUUGUGAAAAGAAUAUUAAUAAGAUAUCCUGAAUUAUGGUUAAAUAUAGAUUCAUCAAAUCAAGGUUGGUCAAAUUUACAUUAUCUGUCAUAUUAUGGUCAUUAUUUAAUAUGUUAUAAUUUAAUAAAAUUUAUAAACAAGACAUUAGGAAAUUUACAAAAUGAUUAUACAAAUUUAGAUUUAUUAACUUUUAAUAAUUUAACUGUUUUACAUUUAUCUAUUCAGAAAAAUCAUUUACAAACUUUACAUUAUUUAUUACAAGAAUUUCCUGGUAAAAUUUGGUUAAAUUAUAAAGGAGGAGAAAAAGAACAAACUCCUUUACAAUAUUCAUGUAUUUAUAAUUUUAAUGAAGGUUGUAAAUUAUUAUUAGAAUUUGGAAGUGAUUUUAUGAUUAAAGAUAUAUUAGGUAAUUCAUGUUUACAUUAUUGUUUUCAAUUUGGUAAUUUAAAUUGUUUAAAAGAAAUUAUAAGUCAUAUUUUGAAUAUAAGUGGAAAUAUUGAAGAGUCUUUGAAAAAGAUUGAAGAUUUAGAAAAUAUAAAGAAUAAUCAAGAUUGGAUAGCAAAAGAUUAUGCUUCAAGUUUUAAAUUAAUUAAAGAAUAUGAAGAUAUGAAAAAUAAUUUAAUUUCAAAUUAUGAUUUUAGUAGAUCUUCCAAUGAUCAAAUUGACCCUAUUCAAGAUACAACAACUUUCAAAUCAACCAAUGAUAAUAAUAAACUACCUUCAAUGCUACGAUUGAAUACUCAAAAUCAUUCACAAAUGUCUUUAGAUCUGGAUGGAGAAAAUAAAGUAUUAUCAAGUCCAAUUAUAUCAAUGUCAAUACAAUCAAAGGAAGAAAGGAGUAAUAAUGGUAAUGGUACUCGUAAACAUGCAUUGUCAUUACCAAAUGAUCAAAAAUCUCAAAUUCAACCAUUGACAACUAGACAAAGAUCAAAUACUACUUACCAUAAUAGCAAUACUGAUACCAAUAAACAACCAUUAGCAUUAAAUAUAAAUACAUCGACAAAAUCAUCUACGCCAAGCAUGUCUAACUCAUCAUCAAUUCAUAAUCAAUUUAUACUUGGUCCAUUAACUCCAAUAACAACACAACCAAUGAUAAAUAAAACACCUUCAUUAAAGUCAGUAACUAUAUCACCAUCAAUAAGGAGUAAUUCAAAUCAAUUGCCAAACUCAUCAUCUUCAUCAAAUGGAUAUUAUCAUAAUGAAUUUAAUGGAAACAAUAAUCAUAAUAUAAAUAAUAUAAAUAAUUUAAAUAAUAUAAACAAUCUUUCAAUGGAGCCGGACUCACCACAAUCAAUAUUAUCAACAGAAACAAAUACUUCACCAAUGUCUAAUUCAAGAUUAGGUAUUAGUAAUCGAAGGAAAAGUUCAUUUUCAAAUCAAUUACCUUCUAUAAACUCUGAAAAUGUCUUUUGGCCAAUUACAGAUGAUCAAGAAUCUCAACCUUUAUCACAACAACAAUUCCAACAACAACAAACAAGAUCCAAUCUAAGACUUCAAGAUCUACAAAGAACGAGACAAAAUUCAUCUGCAUCAAUAGCAGCAAGAGUAGCUUUCAAUUCAAGUAGAACAUCGUUAAAUCAUUUACAUGAUAUAAGUCCUCAUAAACAAAGAUCACAAAGUUUUAAUAUUACUGUUAACAAUAACAAUAAUGGUAAUAAUAAUAAUCAAUAUAGUCAAAAUUCAAUUCUUACAACUUCAUCAUCAUCAAAUGGAAGUUUUUCAAGUUCAAAUAGUUCAAAUGCUCAAAAUUUAAUUAAUCAAUCAAUAACAUCAAAUCAAAAUCAAAAUCAAUCUGAUAAUAGUUAUACUACAUUAAAUAACUAUAAUUCUUCAUCAAAUUCAUAUGGAAACCAGAAUAAUAAUCAAAUAGAUAAUUCAAAAUUGAAAAAAUCAAAUUCAUCAAAUACAUUACCUUCAUUUUCUUCAAUUUCUUCUUAUAACAAUAAUAAGCAAAAUCAAAGUCAAAAUCAAUCAAAUGAUGAGAAUACUGGUAUUAUUGAAUCCCGUAGUAGUUCAAGUCCUUUAUUUAUUAAUCAAAAUUCAAGUUUAAGUUCAUUAGGUAAUAAUGUAAAUAAAGUAAGUUUUAGUAGAGUUAGGUAA